AUGUCACCAGCUCUAAAGCGCUUCCGCCGAUAUCUGGUCUUGUUCUCCGGCGGCGGCCGUGUCACGGUGGAGCUUCGCCGUGAGCCAGCGGUACCAAUACUUACUCGACAAGUCGAACCCAUACGUACGCAAGCGCUGGAUCGCGUUCGCUGCAAUCGCGAUCAUAUACGUCCUCCGAGUGUCAUCUUCCCGGGUUUCUACCUCGUAUCGUACGCUCUCGGAAUCUACAUCCUCAAUCUCCUCAUCGGGUUUCUCUCUCCUCAGGUCGAUCCACAAUUCCAAGACCUCUCCGAUGGCCCCUCACUCCCCAUCCGGAACUCCGACGAGUUUCGCCCCUUCGUUCGCCGACUUCCCGAAUUCAAGUUCUGGUAUUCGAUCACAAGAGCCUUUUGCAUUGCCUUUGUGAUGACAUUCUUCAGCAUAUUUGAUGUGCCUGUGUUUUGGCCAAUACUCCUUUUCUACUUUGUGAUGCUGUUCACACUUACCGUGAAGCGACAGAUACUACAUAUGAUUAAGUACAGAUACGUUCCAUUCUCCGUUGGGAAGCAGCGAUAUGAUGUAAAAGACGAGGAUUCAGCUGAAAGCACAAGUCUGCUUCCUAGAGAUUGAAAAUUCAGCUAGAGCUUUUUGAGGAUGCGAUGGUAAUAGAAAUUGUACCAAAAACUUGGUGUCUGCACCUUCGUUGACAGUCCUCUCUGAAUUUUCUCCAAGCU